AUGAGCUUGCCUGAAGAUGUCCAAGAAAAGGUUAUCAAAUCCAUUCCUGGGCUUGAGGAUGCUAAAAUCCAUCAAUUUGGUAGAAAUCUGGCCAUCAAUAACUUUUUAGCUUAUGGCGUGGAAUAUGAUUUUGUCGAUCCCAGGCAAUUGCUUCCUACGCUCGAGACAAAGAAUGUUAAAGGCCUUUAUUUAGCCGGCCAAAUUAAUGGCACAACGGGAUAUGAAGAGGCCGCUGCCCAAGGUGUCAUUGCAGGGGCAAAUGCAGGGUUAUCGGCCAAAUGCCUUCCUCCUUUUAUUCUUGACAGAUCAGAGGCAUAUAUCGGUGUUCUCAUUGACGAUCUCUUGACAAAAGGCGCCCAAGAACCUUAUAGAAUUUUUACAAGCCUUCGCUCGGACAAUGCUGAUUUACGUCUCACGAUGAAAGGGCACAAGCAUGGCCUGGUAUCUGAUUUGGUCCGGACCCAAAAGGCGACUUUUGUUAAUGACUGCAUCAACAAUGCCAUUUCCAUGUUAUCUGAGCAUUCGUACUCUCCUCAUGCAUUUCUCACCAAGGGAAUAUGCACAGUCCCUUUAGACGGUAUUCGUAGAAGGUUUUUAUUGGCGUAUUAUCACACUCUUAGCUAUUGGGACUUAUUUCAAAUGAAAGCUGUCACUUUCGAAAAACUGGCUGAAAUCUUUCCUGGGUUAAGCGACAUUCCUAGGGAAAUUGUUAACAGAAUAUGUGUAAUGGGUAUUCUUUGUGUUUCUAAGAGGUUAGCAUUAUACGCCCCCUUGAUAGCCCAGCAGGAAAGGGAGUUAAGACUGUUUAAAAGAGACGAGCUUGCAUUGAUUCCUCCAAAUAUUGAUUAUGGGUCGUUGAAGCUUUCUGCAGAAAUAUCCCAAAAGCUCACCCAGCUUAAGCCGACAAACAUUGGGAUGCUUAAAAGAUUGGAGGGUAUCACACCAACUGCGAUCAUUCAAAUAUUAUCAGAAAUUCGAAGAAUUGACCCUCUCACGGCAAACCAGAGAUAA